UGCUUCCAUGGCCUACAUUCUUUCUUCCAGGGAAAAAAGAGGUUUGUUCCACAGUCAUCAGGUCAGUAUUUCCCAACUUCUAGUCACCUUGUGUUUGCUGCAAUGAAGACUGUGCAUCCUACACUUCUCCUGCUAUUGUUCGUGCCUCUGACACAGCAAACACCACAAACUCAGCUGGACUCACACGUUAACUCUAAGUAUGGAACAGACAAUUCUGAAGAAACCAAAUUUAUCCAGGAUUAUGAAGAUAAAUACCUGGAUGGGAAAAAUAUUAAGGAAAAAGAAACUAUGAUAAUUCCUGAUGAGAAAAGUCUUCAGUUACAAAAAGAUGAAGUCAUACCAUCAGUGCCCACCAAGAAAGAAAAUGAUGAAAUGCCCACAUGCCUGUUGUGUGUCUGUUUAAGUGGCUCUGUCUACUGUGAAGAAGUUGACAUUGAUGCUGUACCACCACUGCCAAAAGAAUCAGCUUAUCUUUAUGCACGAUUCAACAAAAUUAAAAAGCUGACUGCCAAGGAUUUUGCAGACAUGCCUAACUUAAGAAGACUUGAUUUUACGGGAAAUUUGAUAGAAGACAUAGAAGAUGGUACUUUUUCAAAACUUUCUCUGUUAGAAGAACUUACACUUGCUGAAAACCAACUACUAAGACUCCCAGUUCUUCCUCCGAAGCUUACUUUACUCAAUGCCAAAUACAACAAAAUCAAGAGUAAAGGAAUUAAAGCAAACACAUUCAAAAAACUGAAUAAACUCUCUUUUCUCUAUUUGGACCAUAAUGAUCUGGAAUCUGUGCCUCCUAAUUUACCAGAAAGUCUACGUGUAAUUCACCUUCAGUUUAACAGCAUAUCUUCAAUUACAGAUGAUACAUUCUGCAAGGCUAAUGACACUCGGUACAUUCGGGAGCGUAUCGAAGAGAUCCGCCUGGAGGGCAAUCCGAUUGCUCUGGGAAAGCAUCCAAACAGUUUUAUCUGCUUAAAAAGAUUACCCACAGGGUCAUACUUUUAACCUUCAUCAGUGCAUUUAUAAUCUGAGGCCUCAUUUUCUCUGACUGAACGCUCACCAAGAGCACUGAACACAGUUCUACUUUUAUGAUACUUAAUAGCAUAUUUCAGCUAAAUAUACAAUAAACACUGUAAAAUCUAUCCAAAUAGAAGGGUUCUGUUUAUAUGGAAAAAACAAAUUAGUAUAGUCUUGAAUAAGUCAACAGAAAUAAAGUGACAAGUUUGAGAAUGGUCAA